UGCAGAAAUCAGCGCCAUGAGUCGUCGAUAUUCGCGCGUCGAAUCCAGCUCGGAUCUGAUGCAGUUCCUGGACCGGGGACAUUCGGCCAACACGGAAAAUCGAUGGACGUUCGAGAUAGCGUGGGAAGUGGCGAACAAAGUUGGAGGUAUAUACACGGUGAUCCGCUCGAAAGCGUUCGUGUCGACCGAGGAACUGGGCGAUCAGUACUGUCUGAUUGGACCGUACAAGGAAGCGUCCGCACGCACGGAAGUUGAGGCGUGCGAAUUUCCCAGCAAUGGACCGUUCUAUCGUGCCGUGACGGCGAUGCGUAAUCAAGGCUACAAGGUGCACUGCGGCCGUUGGUUGGUCGAUGGCAAUCCACAGAUCAUACUGUUCGACAUCGGUUCAGCUGCAUGGAAAAUGGAUGGCUACAAACAGGAGCUGUGGGAUUCGUCCAACAUCGGCAUUCCCCAUCUGGACAUUGAGUGCAAUGAUGCGAUCAUACUGGGCUAUACAGUCGCUACUUUUAUCGAUGAGUUUAAACGCUGCGCUGAGGUUUACUCGCACGAGAACGAAUACGGUCCACCAAGAAUUGUAGCACACUUUCACGAAUGGCAAGCCGGCGUUGGGUUGAUAGCACUGCGCACCCGUCAGGUGGAUGUAGCGACCGUGUUCACCACGCACGCCACCCUGCUAGGGCGGUACCUUUGCGCUGGUAAUACCGAUUUCUACAACAACCUGGAUAAAUUCCCCGUAGACGAGGAAGCCGGCAAGCGUCAAAUCUAUCAUCGGUACUGUCUGGAGCGUGCGGCCUCACAUCUAUCGCACGUGUUCACGACAGUUUCGGAGAUCACGGGCUACGAGGCGGAACAUCUGCUCAAGCGCAAACCGGACAUUAUCACACCGAACGGGCUGAACGUGAAGAAGUUUGCGGCCAUCCACGAGUUCCAGAAUAUGCACGCGAUGGCAAAGGAAAAGAUACACGAAUUUACGCGCGGCCACUUUUAUGGACACUUUAACUUCAACAUCGAAAAGACGCUGUACAUGUUCAUAGCGGGUCGGUACGAGUUCACCAACAAGGGCGCGGACAUCUUCAUCGAAGCGUUGGCCCGCCUGAAUCACAUGCUAAAGUCGAACAACUCGGACGUGACGGUGGUAGCAUUUCUGAUCUUUCCGGCCAAAACGAACAACUUUAAUGUGGAAUCGUUGCGCGGUCACGCUGUCACGAAACAGCUGCGCGAUACGAUCAAUAGCAUACAGCAGGACAUUGGCAAGCGCAUGUACGAGACGUGUCUGCAGGGUCAGCUGCCCGAGGGGACGGAGAUACUGACCAAGGAAGAUAUCGUCAAGAUCAAGCGCUGUCUGUACGCGCUCCAAAGGGACGGUAAUCCGCCCGUCACCACGCACAACGUGGUGGACGAUUGGAACGAUCCGGUGCUGGACUCGAUCCGUCGGUGUCAAUUGUUCAACACCAAGUACGAUCGGGUGAAGGUGGUGUUCCAUCCCGAGUUUCUCAACUCAACCAAUCCAUUGUUUGGGCUGGACUAUGAAGAGUUUGUGCGCGGUUGCCAUCUCGGGGUGUUCCCAUCGUACUACGAACCCUGGGGAUACACACCGGCCGAAUGUACCGUGAUGGGUAUACCGAGCAUUACCACGAAUCUGUCCGGGUUCGGGUGCUUCAUGCACGAGCACGUGGCAGAUCCCAAAUCGUACGGUAUCUACAUCGUCGAUCGACGCCACGUUGGACUGGAAGAGAGCGUACAGCAGCUGUCAAAGUUUAUGUUCGAAUUUUCCAAACUGAACCGCCGCCAACGUAUCAUCCAGCGUAACCGUACGGAGCGGUUGAGUGAUCUGCUGGAUUGGAGAAAUUUAGGAAUUUACUACCGUCAAGCUAGGGUGAAAGCACUGCAAAGAGUGUAUCCCGAUUAUGUGGACGAAUCAACCGAAUAUCUGAAGCGAGCCACAGAUUUUACCUACCCACGACCGAUCAGUGCCCCACCAAGUCCUAGCUCAUCCAGACAUACCACACCGGCUCCUUCCCUGCACGGUUCGGACGAUGAGCAAGAUUCAGUCGAUUCGGAAGAAGAACUUCAGGAGCUUAAAAUGAAUUCACAUCACUAG